CAUCGCGAGAAUAUCGGCCGAGAACUGUAGUUGAAGUCACAACAAGCGGACAUCUACAGUAGCCAGCCAAAUGGCUAAACUUGAGAUAGCACCGCUCAGACCCUGGGAUGACUUUUUCCCUGGGUCUGAAAGGUUCGCCAAACCCGAUCUGCGCGACCUGGCGAAAUGGAACAACCGAGUUGUUAGCAAUCUUCUGUACUAUCAAACAAAUUAUUUGGCUAUGACAAUCGUUGUCUUCCUGCUUGUGGGACUAACAAAUCCCUUUGGCAUGAUGCUGGGCGGCAUCGUGGUCACCAUGGUCUUCAUGGGCUCGGUGUGGGCUGCGGAGAACAAGGCCAUGAUCAAGAGCUUCAAAAGGCAGAACCCCACCCUGUUUGUCUUUGUGGUGAUGCUCGCCAGCUAUUUCCUCAUGUCUCUCUUCGGAGGAGUCAUGGUAUUCAUCUUUGGAAUCUCCUUCCCCCUUCUGUUGAUGUUCGCCCAUUCUUCUCUGCGCCUGCGUAACAUGAAGAAUAAGCUGGAGAAUAGGAUGGAGGGGGCGGGGCUAAAGAAGUCACCAAUGGGGAUCAUACUGGAAGCACUGGGACAACAGGAAGAGAGCAUCAACAAGAUUCAGGACUUCCUGGAGAACGAGAUGAUGAAGAAACUGAAAGAGUGAAAACCAACACACACACACACACACACACACACACACACACACACACAUACAUAACUGUGAAUGGCAUCUGAAGAAGUCCAUCUGUUUCAUACUCACUGUACACACAUACUGUACACACACACACACACACACACACACACACACACACACACACAAAUUGAUUCCAAAUUUAAUUUAGUAGGUUCUGUUAACCUACAAAAUGUAUUCCAUUUUGUAGGUUAGUAGAACAGAAUGGUCCUAGGGAACUGAACUCUACUCCAAGUAGAGUAUAUGAUAUGACUUUUUUGAGUACAGUUCUCUGAAUGUGAGGGAUUGCAUUGUUUGUAAAUCCAACCAAGUUUACAUGCAGGAGUCACCAAACUGCUAGCUGUCCAGCAGUCCUCAAGAAGUAAUGCUUCACUCUCUCCCCCUGUCAGAAAGACGUUCUCAGAGCUAAACGCACACACUCCCUUUGUGGUUGAGCUACAGUAUCAUGACAUGCAAAGUGUAUUAUCUCCCUCCAAGAUGUUGAAUUUACUGCUUCCAUGGUUUCAUGUGCAAUCGGGACAUAACAAUGACAUUUAUUGCAGUAUUGAAAAAAGUGGUUCUCAAUAUUCUAAGAAGCCAUGUAUGGAGGAUGAGUUGUCCGUUGCUUCUUGCAAAAGGAAUGCAGGUCUAUAGUUGAUUUUUUUCUGCUUCAUACAGUUUGUUAAUUUAACUUAACUGCAUGCACUGGUGUGUUUUGUGUUUUAAUGUGUUAGAUCAAGAAUAAUAAUAUAAAUACUUACAAAAUGGAUGAAUUAAGUUGCAGAGGCAACUGGGCAUUGAAAAGACAUUAUUUGAAUGUUUUUGUUUAAUCAAUGAUUCCAAAGAUUGUGUGAGUGACUACUGUGUGUUAAAUAAUGAUCAACAAACAACUCAAAAAAACUUAUAUGCAAUCUUUUCAAAUAAAGAGCCAAAGUCCUCUGUGAA